UCUAUUUCUAUGAUACUUCAAACGAAUUACAUUGCUACAGCACAGAAGCAGCGAAAAGUAUUUAUUUCAAGCUUUUGUGCUUGAAUGUAUUAUAAGGGGGCUUGAGUUUAUUAUACUGUGCGCGCAAUGCAUUGGGAAAUCUUUACUGUUGGUGCGCCACCGGGGGAAAAAAAACGGUGUUGCUAGGACACGUUAGAGUAAACAAAAAAAGUGUAAUCUAGCAUUUUUUUGCUAAUGCAAAUUAGUUUCAAAUCUAUUAAUUUAUAUUUAACCAGAUAAAUGAAUUUGGCUGGGAAAAUAAAGGAACCUGACCCCCUGAACCCAAAAGUCUUGCUAUGGGCAGAUGUAAGCUACAGUGACAUGGAGGAAAUUGAAAACACCAAGGCCAUACCAGAGCUAGAGAGAACUCUAUGCUGUGUGCUGGGAGUAAACAUUCCUGAGCCGAGGAGGGGAGUCCUGCUGGAGCUCUAUGUCCACACAGUGCUGUUCUGUAGAGAGAGCAACUUCAACAGGGAGCAGACAUCUGUCCUCCUCUCCAUCGUCAAGAGCAUGCAUCAGGCUAACACUGAAACUCCACUCAACAAUAUGGGCCAUUGCUAUGCAUACUGCAGUGAACUUCUGCUCUGUCACUCUGUCAGGAGGCCUCCCUUCAGUAUCAGCCUGUUCAGCUCUGAGGACGUGACCCAGAUCUUGAAGUAUCUCCUUAACACCUAUUUUAGACAUUACAAUCUGUACAAGUACAUAUUCACCCCUCAGGUUAGAUUGGAUAUGUCUUUUUCCUACUCUGGCAUGCCAGACGAAGACCCUGUCACUGAGACUGACGCAGUAUCAUCAGAUGGGUACGGCAAGAAGGAAAACGAGCCAGAGACGGCAGAAGGGGAGCAGCCCAUUGAAGCAAUGAACACGGGUCCAGAGGUGGCUAAUACAGAUCCAUCGCCCAAGUCAGAGUUGAGGACGAUAAUACAACAGGAAAUGAGAGAGGAGAUGAUACAUAUGUCAAGGCAACUAGAACAACGAUUGAAGGAAAGUGCAGAUCGGCUAAAUAGCGCACUGACUUCACUGGAGACCAAUCUCCAAGGCAAAAAGUAAACAUCAAAGCCUGA